AUGGCAAACACACAAUCCAAAGUCGAUACAUUGGAAGAACAGAAUUCCAAACUUAUAGCUGAGAUUGCUGAGCUUAGAAAGGAGAAUGCGAAGCUGAAGCAGAUUAUCGAGGAGAAUGAAAAGCGCAAUGUUAGAGUCGAGGAAUUAGAGCAAAAGAAUAUAGAGCUUGAGACUAGGCUCGCUAUAUUAGAACAGGGAAAAGAAGAAAAAAGUAUUUCUACAGAAGAUGUUUCGCACUCUCCAAUAGUGUUACAUUGUGGUGAUACCCCGAUAUCUGAUAUAACUGAUGACACUUUAAAUUCUGAUGACACAUCUGAACAGGUGGGCUUGCAAAAUAAGGAUGCUCCGGCAUCUGAUGUAUCCAAUAAUGUUUCAAAUUCUGACGAAUAUCAGUCUCGAGUCUCCAAUUCAUCUUUGACUAUAUUACCUAUAUGUCAGCAGACUGGAGAAGACGGGCAUAUCGCUGUUUAA